ACAAAUUAAGCCUAUACAAAAUGUUCUACAACCGGCUAACAUUCACAAACAUAGACAGGCUAUGUCGGAUGAUGUCAACUUCUGAAAAAUACGUAACAAAACUUCCAUCGACUACUAAAGCCGGCCUCAAUCAAAUAGGCGUGCAGUCGUACCUAACAUGUUUUUUCUUCGAUCGACUUCGACAGAUUGCAACGGAAGGCCAAAACUGUAUCUGAUACAUGCAACGCAGCUUCCAAUUCACUCGACUUCUAAUGAUGUCAUAUAGGUCAACAGCCCUGUCUGUGCCACAGCAGUGUCGAUGGGGGAGCAAAUUCUCAGCUUUUUGCAUCUUUUGCCGAAGUCUUAACAGCAGAGUAAACACACAUCCCUUGUUCGCGAAAACUCGGUGAAUAUUUCGUUUCUUGACUGGAAAUGCGAAAAUUGCCGAGCUGAACUGAAUUCACCCACUGUCAAAUGAAUUAGCGUGGGUAUCCACCGGAUUACCCACCACCUUGUCAUCAUUAUAAAUGAAUACGUUAAACUAUUUACAAAGAAGGCACCGCUGUGUGUACCAACUACGCAUACGGCAAAUUCGUUCGUGAGGGCAGCCGCAUAAAGAUAAGCUACACUGAAUUCCCCGCGAGCUGUUGCAUCGUCAUGGAUUCCAAGAAAUGCACUCUUUUCGAUAAGAUAAGGAUACCUACUGAACAUUAUUCCACAGUCACAAUCGUCCCGUCUUUCAAGCGGGUACAGCCAAGUUUCACUCUCCGAUGGAGGCCAACUUUCAAUCUUUUUCGCGCAUUAAAGCUUUGGAUGAAUCUCUUCAAAAUGCCAUUAAACUGGAUUGUUUGGAACUGGUACAACGCGCAAUCGACCGGGGAGCUAACAUUGACUGCCAAUAUCCGGACGAUUGGAACAGCCCGCUACAUUUGGCUGUGCUGAGUGAAUGCCACGACUCGCUGAUCCUACUGCUGAUGAAUCACCGACCAACGUGCGGACUGGUGAAUGGGGAAAAUCUAACAGCGGCAGAGCUGGCCUUUCGCAAUGGACAGCGCUGUCUUGGACGAAAAUUGAUUGAAGUGGAGUUUGGGAAGGUCGCUCCGGAAGAUGCAUUCUACCAGUUGCUUCGGAGAAGUUCCGUGGAAGCUUUGGAGGUGCUGAUUGAGGUAUUGGGUUUACCUCGCCGACAAAUGGUGGAGUGUUUGGCUAAGGCGUGGGGUAAGCUGGAAGUGAUGAAUGUGAAACUUUUGCCUGAGCUGGAGCUGUUUGCUCAACUGUUAAUUAUUCGCUUCGAUUACGAGGAAUCACUUAACGCGGGGGGAGCGGCUGGGUCUUCGAAGAUAAGCCAACAAGAGGUAGCCGAGCGGAUGGGCCUGGUAGUGGAAGGGAUUGAUUGUUUGGAGCAGAAGUAUGACACCGGACUGUGUGAUGACGUGAACGACGAGUUUUUGGAAAAUUUGAGGGGUAUUUUGAAGCACUUGUUUUUUGUAAAAAAUCGAGUGGAGAAUUUUCCGGUGCUGCAGUUGGAGUUUUGUGUAGCUAUCUAUUUGGCGAUUUUUGAUCGUCGACCGGAGUUGGAUUUGUUCCAGCUAGUGAUAUACAAGUGUUUAGUAGUGAAGUUUCUAAAGCAAUUCAAAAAAGCGUUCCUUGAUCCGAAGAAGAACGAUGGAAGAAUGUCAAGUGAAUUGUUGUAUGAUUUAAUGAAAUUAGUAGCAACUAACAGAAACAAGAAAUGUAAGGAAAUUCUAGCCACUUGGAUAUCAGAAGAUGGAGUUACAUAUAGUUCUAAGGAAAAAGUAAUGAUCAGGAAUAAAAUUUUGGCGUGCUCAUUAAUCAAUAAUAUUCUGUCAGUGCAGUACAGUGAACUUACCAAAGAAGAGCAUAACAUACUGAAGACGGAAUGCGCUGCAAUUAAUAGGUUAUUUGAAACCAGAAAAGUACGAUUUCGGUUCAAGGAUCUGUUUAGGAUAUAUUUUAAACUUAAACAAAUGUACUCUCUGCAGAAAGCAAUUGCAUGUUUGGCAGUUAUAGAAAAGAUUGAAUUGGACCCUUAUAAGAACUGUUACGUUUCAAUGUUAGCAAUUCAACGUGCAUUGCAGGUAUUAGGAGAAACUCUAAAAUCAACAAAAUUGUCACCAAAUAUUUCCACUAAUUUACGAUCCGCAAUAGAGUUUUUAGCGCCAGGUGACAUUCUGAACCGCAUCACCAAGUUACGCCACUUCUUUUCCCACGAGUAUUCGAGUUCGAAGCACUCCCUGUACAAUCGGUUGAGAGUUUAUGAUGAAGAGCUGAUUGAGCUGUAUAAACGAAUUAGGGCAGAUCUCAUGAAAGUAACCCCAUUGCUGACCAACAUUUAUGUGGGACAGAUUGAGAAGAGCUUCAACAGUUUUAUAGGAUCGAUCCUGCAGCUUGGAACUGUCCGGGAAGUGCAGUCACUAGCCAAGGCCUGUCGGGUUCAGUAUGGGUUUAAAAUUGAUUUUGACCUUCAAACUACCGAUGUGUCCGGUAUUGACGAGCUUUUGCGACAGCUAGAAGGUACCUAUAAUAAUUUUGAACACGAGGAGAAUCUGGCAAUUGUUGCCAAGGUCAGAGAAAUGUUGGGGAAUUAUACUAGUUUUGUUAACCGCACUACGAUUGAUUUCAUGACAGCACUGGUAAUAUCGAGCAUUGGGAUUUUGCUGUUAAACGAAACGUUGGAGUAUCAGAGAAACUUUGUUCGAUACUUGUUGAAAAAUAGUCAUGACCCCAGAAAUUAUCAGUACGGUGUAAAGUCGUUAAUUAUGCAUAGUUUCAAUAAGGAGAUACAACGUUUGAUGACGCUCGAAGCAAGCUCGGUCAGCGUUGAUUCCAUGAGUAGGGUAAACAUCAUUCAGAACUUGUUGAAAUUGGCAUCUUCGGCUGAAAUCGACUCAAUGCAUGAACUUGUCUAUGGCAAGAGUUCUUGCAACAAUUUCAAAACAACGCAAAAAACUGUCACUUCGCUACAGCUGACAUUAGCGUCCGAGGAUCUUUUGUUCGAGUUGGAUAGAUGUUUGGGAAAAUACUACGCAAAUUUGUUCGCCCUAGAUGAAAAGUACCGCACUGUGAAGGCAUUUUGCAAACGUCACAUGUUGAAGUACAGUAAUGAGAAAGCUAUCCAGUGUCGAAGGGAAGAUAUGAUCUACUACAGAAAAGUGUUUGAUGACUUAAUUGGUGAUUUGGCCGGAAUAAUCGCCCUACCAGCUGACGCGAAAACGACAGAGAUUGUUUCUCUACUGGCGUCCGUUGAAAGCUACCAGAUGGACAGUCCAGACGUAUUGGCUGUUGAAAUAAUUCUUCUAGAGAUUUUGGAAGUCCUUUCCACUCUGGGUGUAAUUUCGGAUAAUCGAGCGUCAAUGUCUUGCUAUCGUCCCGUCCUUACCGGGCGUAAUCUUCGGAACUAUCUUGCCCACGAUGCACUUGUGUACGAGACAUUUUGCCGCAACAAACUUCCCUAUAGAACAGUGGUAUUGAAUGCAAUUUGUUUUUGUCGCUAUUUAAGUGUUGACGUUUACCGUCAAAGUUCAAGGGGGUGUAUCAUAGAAAGCUGUAUACCAGUUUCUUCUAUAGAGCAGUGGAUGAACCAAAUUCUUCGUGAAAAAAUUCUCCUAUUUCAGUUAAUUUCUAAGGGAGAAUUCAACGAAGUAUCGGAAAUGUGUGAGAUCAAAGCGCGAACCUUCAGCAGACGUAGUGUUUUAGAGUCGAUGUUUGACGAACACUCGGAAGAAUUCGUUCGGUUUUUGCUCGAAAGACCGACGCGAAUGAAGCCUCUGUUCGAAAUGCUGUUGCGUGCUGCCCCAAAUCAGGUACAUAAUUUCUACGACGAGGACGAGUUCACCAUUCGUCAGUUAACCAACGGACAAAGUUUACGACAAAAUGUAAACUUUUACCUUGCUCGAAAACAUCAUCAUUUCGAAUUAGAACAAGAGUUGGAUUCUUUGUAUGGCGGUGCCUAUACCGAGGAUAGUCUUCAUCUAGCAAUACUGUUUCGAAAUGAGCGAUCUGCACUAGCUAUAACGGACUGUCCCCGGCUCUACGCAUUUUGUAAGGCAGAUGCUCAUAGGUUCAGCCAUACGAUUCUUGCGCAAGCCGUACUGUGGAACCUACCGGCGGUGGUUCGACGCAUCUGUGAACUGAGUCCUGAGAUCAUAGAGCAACCAAACAAUGCCAACGAAACGGCACUUUUUCUCGCGGUCUCAGUCGGACAUAGAGAAUCGGUUGAAAUUUUGAUGGAGUUUGGAGCCAAGGUUCAUACUCCUAAUGCUAUCCUCAAAUCGCCGGUAGUCUAUGCUGCUAAAAUGAGGAAAGAUGAUCUGUUGCAACUACUGCUACCGUCAGAUGAUGACUUGUCGAAGGAUCAAGACCUGCUUGGAGAGAUAAUUAACAACGCUGGCUAUGCUAACCAUCACCAACUUCUUCGAAGACUGAUCCCUUUGGCAAGUUCUUCUCGUCCGCUUAUAAAUUCUCUAAAUUCUGCCUCUACGAAGAACCAUCUAGAAUCGAUCAAAGUUAUUCUCGACUUCCAGCCCAGCUUGGUUAAUACUGUAUUCGAAAACGAACAAACUGCACUGUUCAACGCUUGCUACGUUGGUUCUAGGCGAACUGCUACUUGGCUGCUGCGACACGGAGCAGAUUGCAAUAUUCCCGACGACAACAGUGCUUUAUUCUGUGCAGUUAAUCGAAACCAACGAGCAGUGUUUAAAUUAUGCAUAACAGAAAAUUGGAUCAGUGCCAAGCAUCGGGGAUCACUGAUUGAAUAUUUGAUCCAGAAAUCGAAGUUCAAAUUGGCAUGGAUGGUGUUUGAAGCGGGAUAUCCCUGCUCUGUUUCGAGUUUGAGGAAAGUCUACAAUGAUCGUAUGCUGGAUUUUCUGCUCAAUAUGAGUUAUGUAAAACCGGAAAUAGCUCUACAGUUCGAUGGGUUUAUCACUACCAACGCCAUAUUGCUUAAAAAAGAAAAAUUGUAUAGCAAAAUUAUUGACGCAAACUAUCUGUGCAUGUCGGAUAUAGAUCGAGCAAAUCUUCUGAAUAGUGCUAUCAAAGCUAACGAUAAGAAGCUGUUAAGUUCGCUGAUAGCUCGUGGCUGCGACGCGAAUCAGAUGGAUGAGAAAGGAAUCACGCCACUGGGUUUUGCAGUUUCCCUUGGCAAACCAGAACUGGUAAAGUUGCUGUUGAAGGCGGGAGCCGAUCCUAAUCGUGAAUCUUCUGGAAAUUGUGAUAUAGCCUUCACAGCUUGGUCACUCAUAGACGUCGACUCGAUUGUCCACGUUGUAAGUUAUCCGAUCAUUUUGGCUAUUUUCCACGAUCACCUGAAAAUAGUGGAGUUCCUGCUACAGAAAGGCACUUCAGCUGAUGUUCGUGAUCGGCGUGGUCUUACUGCGUUGAUUAUGGCCAUUUCUAAGGGAUACGCGCAACUUGUGCAAAGUCUUAUCGCUCGAGGGGCCAGUGUUGAGUAUGCCUUUAAUUUCAGACAUUCAAUAUUUGAGACAGGAACUGCUGUUCAUGCUGCCGCCUACUGUGGUCAUGUAGAAGUUAUUAGUUUGUUGAUCGAACAGUAUGGUUUUGAUCCAGCUACGGAAGAUGAUCAUGGAAACACUAUUCUACAUUGCGCGAUCGUGGGGAAGCAAGCUGAAGUGGCGGACUACUUGGUGUCUGAGGAGCUUUGGACCACCGCAAAUCGGCGUGGGAUUACGCCGGUACAUUUGGUGUUGAGAGAGCUGGAUCAAGAAAUAUUUCAACAUGUUCAAAAUCGACCGCCGAUAAUCGAAUCUAUUCUCUCAUUUCGUGACGGACAAGGACGAUCAGUUUUACAUCUUGCCGCAUCUCGCGGGAGCGUUUCAGGCUUACGCAAGCUACUAAACGACUUCAGUUUCGAUGUCAACCAUCUCGACCAGCAAGGCAAUACUCCUAUUUACUAUGCGGUUCAAUGUCGGGAUUACCAGAAGAUCAAGUUACUUAUUGAAAAUGGAGCUUCCUUAUUCCAUCGUAACGGAGAAGCUCUAAUACUAGCAGUUAACACGCAUCAAAUUGACGUCAUCCAAUUGUGUAUUGAACAGAACGCGAAUAAUGUGGAAAAACUCAAAGCAUACCGUUUACAAGAUGACACCCUAAUUCAUAUUUGCGCAAGAAAGGGGAAUAUUAAGUUGUGUGAACUGUUACUGAACUCUGUAGAAUUCGACGUAAAUGCAAUUAAUGACAGUGGAAACACAGCACUGCAUCUAGCUACCACUAGUGGUACAGUGCGAAUGACGGACUUACUUUUACGUUACGGAGCCCAGCUAGACAUAAUCAAUAAGGACGGCAAAACAUCCUUUAUCGUAGCAAUAGAGCUAGGUAAUGUAAAACUAGCACAAUACCUGCUUGCAAAAGGUGCCUCCAAACAACUUGCCAUUCAAUUCCGAUAUCCAGCUAAUCAAGGGAUGUGUCUCCUACACCACGUUGCAAAAGAAGGUAAAGUAGACUCAGUAAGAUUCCUUAUUGAAAGUAGCUUCUUCGAACGAGCCAUACCUGAUAGUACGGGGAAAACUAUCGGGCAUUACGCAGCUACCAACAAUCGAGGGCACGUCAUUGAAUUUCUAAUCGCAACGGGUUUCCCUAUUGAUCUGCUGGACAACGAAGGUAGAUCUUCUAUGGUUUGCUCCAUAGAAAUGGGUCACCUUAAAAUAGCUAGGCGGAUGAAGACGAUAGGAUGUUCAAUUAAAAUAGUUCAACACUAUAACGAAAAGCAUUCUCUUUUGGAUCGCGCGAUUUCAGAGAAAAAGGCAGCUUUAGUCGAGUUCCUUCAGAAAGAGUGCUACCUCACCCCGGACCACAGUAUCCUAGAACAGUUACGGGAUGGAAUAUCCGCAAUUUCAACAACAGUAAACAAACUAUUACCAAUAAAAUCACCCCUUCAUUUAGCAAUAGAAAACAACAAAAUGUUGGACAUUGAACGAAUCAUCACCAAAUACAAUCUGUCGCCGGAUGUUCAAGACUCCGAAGGACAAUCUCCCCUACACUACAGCUGUAAAUCGAACAAUUCAGAGGCUGCCAAAAAAUUGCUAGCAUUAGGUGCUACGAUCGAUUUGCAAGAUAACAACAAAGCGACACCCUUGGUAUGUUGUCUACUCAACGGAAACAGUAAACUUGCUGAGAUUCUGAUCCAAGCUGGAGCUUCCAUGGCGUUAGUAUCUUCCUAUCGUGUGCCAUCAAAGGACGAGGAAACGGUGCUUCAUGUAGCUGCGAGAAAGGGUUUCCCGGAUGUCGUUAGAUUGCUUUUAAAAAUCAAUACCCUUCCCGUCGAUGUGGGUGACAAGGAUCUAACUACAGCUCUUCAGGAAGCUGCAAUGUACGGUCAGAUGGAAUGCGUGAAUCUGCUACUGGAAAACGGAGCAGAUCCCAAUUUCGAAGACCUUCAGGGGACGACUAGUUUAACUCGGGCAAUCUCCGGUUUCCAUAGGGUAAUAGCCGAGCUACUGCUUGAUCGAGGUGUGGAUUUGGAAAAUUCCCGCGCAUAUCGAUGGUUGGCUUACAAUGAGUCCCUGUUGCAUGCAGCGAUUCUUCAUAAAAGGGUUGAUUUUAUUGAUAUAUUGAUUAAAAGGGUCGAAAUCGAUGUUAACAUAACAGACAAACGUAUUCGAACUCCGUUGCAUUAUGCCGCAGAGUUGGGAUUGAACAAAGCGACUGAAAUUUUGCUUGAGAAUAAUGCUCGGUGGGAUCUGCUUGACGACCUACAGGCAACUCCACUGAUAUUAGCAACGCUACAUGGACAUUGUGAAACAGCUGAGUUAUUACUCCGUGGAAUGGAGAAUCCCGUGAAUAUCGACACUUAUCGUACGACAGAUUCCCAGAAACCAUUACUGCAUGUUGCAUUUGAUAACGGAUUUUAUAAACUACUCGUACAAAUGUUGACCAAAUUUGAUCUAGAUUUCUCCGUCGUUGAUACAGAAGGCAAAACGGUACUCCACUACGCUGUUCGAGAUGGUAUCACACAAGUAAUCGAACAGUUCUUUUCCUGUUCUCAGUUAUUUUUUACCGCUGAUAAGACAGGCAGCACCCCGUUAGGUGUUUGUAUCGAAAGAUCUAAUACGGAAGUGUUGGAAACAAUUCUUAAUGGAGUGAAAUAUAGUUUGAAUAAAACUCAUUUAAUGAAAAUUCUAGAAUACAUCGUACAAUUCCAAACAACCAAAUCACUGAAAUCAUACAGCAAGUGGUUACUCAACAAUCAGCAAGAGUUUAUAAGGAACAAUCAAAAAAUAUUUGAUCUAUUGGAAGAACUUCACCACAAAACAUCAAUCCUAAUAGCAUUAAUGGACAACGACAUCGAUCUGUUGCAACUGCUUCUAACAUGUGCAGUCGAUAAGUCAUUGUUUAGGCAAAAUGAGUUCCCCAUGAGUUAUUUACAUGUGGCAGCUUCGCAAAACUUUCAACGUAUUGCUGAAAUGCUAAUAACACAAGCCAAUUUACCGGUGGAUAUUUUCACUGAAACACAAAUCACUCCUCUCAUUGUGGCUGCCUUGAUGAAGCAUAUGGACAUGGUUAAAGUAUUACUUAAAUACGGAGCAAACGUUAAUCACGCGGAUCUAAGUCAAAGAACACCCCUCCUGGCAGCCCUGGAAAAUGACUGUAAGGAUAUGGUACAACUUUUCCUCGACCAUGGUGCGGAUGUUGAUUUGGUUCGAACUUUCCGCUAUGACAAUGACAAACAUUGCACUGUACUGCAUUUUCUUGCGGUGAAGGGAUUCAUAACUGCACUACCGUUAGUGUUAGGUUCUCUGGAUGUGAACUGCAUAGAUUCGCAUGGCAUGACUCCACUGCAUUAUGCCGCCAGUAGCAAUCAGUUGGAGAUGAUCGAGUUUCUUGCCGAUUCCGGAGCCACAAUUGACUGCACGGAUAAGGAUGGUACGACUCCUUUGAUGAGGGCCGCUUCUAAGGGUAACGUUGAGGUCUUUCGUAAACUAGUUGAGCUUGGAGCUAGUAUUAACCUGCUGAAGCAAUUCAAAAAUAGCAAUUACGAAAACGAAACAGUGCUACACUUGACAGCAGAAAAGGGGCUUAUCACGAUGACGAAAUUAUUGAUAGAAGAACUUCAAUGUGACGUAGAUUGCAUUGAUAAGGAUGGGAACACCCCUUUGCAUUAUGCUCUGAAGAAAGGUCACUUCGAAGUGGUGAAAUAUUUUCUUGCAAUAAAUACAAACAUGCAUUUAGUUAAUAAUGCUGGUGAAACGGUUUUACAACUGUUAGAGCAAAGCAAUAACGCAGUAAGACCAAAUGAGGCGAGUUCUGAAACGUAAAAUAGUUACAGUUCAAUUCGUUUGCUGGUCUACGACGAAGUUGUAGGUCAGCUACUUAUUAAUAUAUCUUCUGAAGAGACGAACUUUGUUGGGCCUGCGAAUUUUAAAAUAUGACGACUUUAUUUAAAGUAAGUUAAAUUUUUACCCAAAACAUGCUCAUUUUUAAUCUAAUCCUGUUUAAAUAUUUAGCGCAUUUUCGUCACUAUGUAAUGUUUAUCUACUGUGCGGAGAAAACCACAAUAAGUACACAAUCAUCGUCAAAAAUAUAGUUUGGCCUCUAAUAAAUAGAUAGCAUUAACACGCUUCGAAUUUGAAUAAAAUAGUUUCUGCAACCAAAUUUGUAUUCGUUUCCUUAUUCAGCAGUAUGAUAGAGAAAUCAAAUUCAAGCAACUAUAUCGAAUAUGCAGUCAUUAUAGGUCAUAGAGUUUCCAAAACUAUAAUUAAAGUUGUCGCGGAGCACACUGACCGGAGGCCGGACAAAACCUAUAUGUCGAAUAUUGAUAUUUUUCUUUUUUCUAAGUUUUUACAUUUCUUACAAAAGAAAUGUACAGAAUUCGCUCUAACUUUGAAAACUUUUUCCGAGACCCAGGGGGCUGAGUCUCAUACACCAAUCGACUCAGCUCGACAAAUUGAGACAAUGUAUGUAUGUGUAUGUGUUGGUAUGUAUGUAUGUGCAGUGCACUAAUGUCAUGCAAUUAUCUCAGCAACCGCUGAACCGAUCUUAACGAAAUUAGCUUCAAAUGAAAGGCCUAACGUUGCCAUUUGACACUAUAGUGACACUAUUGUUUUUCGUUAUGUUGUUUACUUUCUGAGAUACGGAUGAUUUUGUAAAGACACUAAUGGUUUAAUGCAUAUGACUUUCAUAGAAAGCUAUACCGUCGUGUGCACAUAAUUAGAAAGCUUGUAAAAAUACCUUUCGAACAAGCUAUAUAUUGUCAAAAUCCGUUCACGAACGGCGGAGAUAUUAAACAUUUUGUGUUUUUAUUCCUCUUCUCUUUCACUAACUAAAAAUGAGAUCGUUACGUACAGAGUAUUGUUUUACGGGUGUUUUAGGGGCAAAUCUAAACCGAUUUCGAAUAUCGGGCUAUGGAAACACAUCUACGUGAUUUAAAGAAUUCGAUUCCGAAAACAUUUGCGAAUUUACUUAAUAAUUAAUUAACUAUUUUUCAAAAAUUUAUACGCAAGUUUACUUCAAUGACAAAACAAUGUGUAAAUUCACUUCAAAGUGAAAAUUUGUCCAGAUUUGAUGUAUUAACCCAAUUCAUGCCCAUGUUGUUUGUGGGCAACAACGUUUUUAAACAGCUAUAACUUUUGAUUGAGGCAAGAUUUGCUCACCAAAACAAGUAAGGCUAAUAAAUGUGACUAUUACCUUUAAUUUGAGUACUAACAGCUACAAGGAUCAGCUCUAAAAUUGAAGUUAUUGCAGUUAGUCUGAUGUGAUUUCAAUGGAGCAGUGCUGCCAGGGACAGUUUAAGUUAACGACGAAAAAUGAAUUUUAUAUAUAUCUUCGCCAUGUUUUUUUGUAUUUCGUUUAUUUGACACGGCUCAUUGUGGUAACUUAACGGAGCCGUGGGUCUAUUAAAUUAUUACAACAUGUAAAAAUAAAAAUGAAUAAAAAUCAAUAUUAUGAAGUAUCCUUCGGGUCUCGUCCACGCACUUUCUAUUGCGCGGAGCUUUCGUACCAUUUGUCUGCUCGCCUAGUGCAUCUUGUAGGUCGAUUAAUUUUCUUUUGUUUCCGUCGAUGUCAUCAUCGUCUUUGGUGUCUACAUGUUCACGAUCAGAUGUUCCUCCUUUCUUAGUGCCCUUACGGGUUACGAGAGUAAAGCCGUUGUCAUUUGUAUUGGCUUCCUCGCCGAUGGUGUUAACAGUUGAUUCUGAAGCAUUAGAUUCUGUUUUUAUAGUUGUUAUUAUGGCCUGAACAGCUGCCACAAAAUUGGUAACCGUUUGUGGUUCUGGUGAUGGUGUUGAAGUCUGUGUUUCGGAUUGGUUUUCCGAAGAUGUGUGGAGAAUUGGCUGUGAUGCAUUCUCCUCAGUAUCUUCCGCACAAGGUGUUCCAUGAUGUGCAGUCUGGUUACAGUAUUUGCACGUAGGUGUCUGCCCUUCGUGGGUGCAUAGCGUGGUCUGUUUAAUGUUAGUCCGUUACAUUUAAAUUGUAUAGUCAAGUGGAAGGGGAUAGGUCUUUCCACUCGCAUCUUCACCACAAAAACACCGUUAGGAGUACCCGGGAAGAAUUUUCUCCAAGUAUCAGGUUAACGGAUUCCACUUCUCCGAAUUGCGACAUCUAUUUUGUAAUUGAUUCACGGGUACGCAAUGAUAAAUCAUGUAGCCUCACAUCUAUAAAAUCAUUUUCUAUGUAAACUGGGAUCUUCAUUUCAACUUUUAAUAACGUGUUUCAGGUUGUUCUGUAAAGCGAAUUUCUUUGCUUGGUCUAAUGUGAUGAAUGAUAUCAAUACUGCGCAGCGCAAAUGAUGAUAUUGAAGAUAGGUGACGUCCUUAAGCCUAAGCUUCAUGUUCACCUUCAGAAAAUGUUCCAGCUCACGGAGACUCGGUCGUGUAGAACAAAAUCUCAAGUCAACAACCGCUGUGUUGGCUCGAAGCAGCGCUUUUCCAUCAAAUUCACUCAUGAUGGCAGGAGUACAUACAAUGGUUCGUUUGUUCUAGACGCACUAACUGUCGUUCACUUUGCUCGUUUGUUACUCUGACUUGGUAUAUGUAAAAAUAGAUUGAACGGUUUCCUUUGUUUUUAAGCCAAUGAACAUAAGAUAAAAGUACUGUGUUGUGGUUCUUUUGCGCUGGGUCAGACAGCGGCAGAAUUUCGUGACCGGUGUCUUUGGUGGUUGUAAAUCGACUGAUCUUCGCUAUGUUGCAAUAUUAUUGAAAACUGAUAAAACUUAUCAAUUUAGAGUGCCUUUGGUUAUGUUUUCCACACAAUUGGACUAUUGUAAAUGUUCUAUGAGAAUUGUAUUGAAUAUUGGAAGGUAAAAAUUGAGCAGCUUUUAGCACUGCAAGAGAAGCACCUAUCUUUAUGCAAAAUGGCUUUUCGUGUUUCUUGACCCCACCGUUUUCAAGGAAAAAUAGAUUUGAAAUCCUACAUGCACUAUAAAAAAGUUGGGCAUGAAAGGGUUAAUCCGUUGGGUUAAGCAUUGCGUUCAGUCGUGAGAUAGACGUUGGAUGGUAUAUGAAUGCACAGAUCACCAAGUAAUCCACCUAGUAGUAAGAAAAAAGAUUUAUAACAUAAUUCAUAUUCAUAUUAUACUCGUAGCAUCACCGAGAGCAACUGUAGUUUUGAAAAACAGAAUUCUAGUACAAGUUUAUCUUCUUUUGCAAAAUUUAUGUUAUACUAAUUAUACCGUAAAAAUUAUCCGUUGAAUUAUGUAUAAUAAAGAUGUAUGGAAUCAAAAUUUCGCCCUAUGUACAAAAAUAAUGUCACAGCACUAACCAUCAUUUACGAUUCCUCAUUUGUCGCCCCUCUUCACCUCCGAUC